UCGCCUCCUCGGCCGCAGCCAUGAGUAUGCUCAGGCUGCACAAGAGGCUCGCCUUCAGCAUCCUCCGCUGCAGCAAGAAGGUCUGGUUGGACCCACAUGAGGCCACCGAGAUGGCUAAUGCCAACUGCCGCCAGCAGAUCCGGAAGCUGAUUAAGGAUGGGCUGAUUAUCUGCACACCAGUGACCGUCCACUCCUGGGCUCGGUGCCGGAUGAACACUCUGGCCCACCGGAAAGGCAGGCACAUGGGCAUAGAGAAGCGCAAGGGUACAGCCAACGCUUGCAUGCCAGAGAAGGUGACCUGGACGAGGGGGAUGCGGAUCCUGCGCCGCCUGCUCAGGAGAUACCGGGAGUCCCAGAAGAUUGACCCCCACAGGUAUCACAGCCUGUACCUGAAGGUGAAGGGAAACAUGUUCAAAAAUAACGGAUCCUGGCGGAUCCUCAUGGAGCACAUCCACAAGCUAAAGGCCGACAAGGCCGGCCAGAAGCUCCUGGCUGACCAGGCCGAGGCCCGCGGGUUUAAGACCAAGGAAGCCGGCAAGUGCCAGGAAGAGCACCUGCAGGCCAAGAAGGAGAUGUCCAAGGAGGAGGAGACCCAGAAGUAA